AUGGCAGGCUUCAGUACACCCAUGCAGAAUGCGCGCACGCCGUCGCAGCAGCAGCCGAAGCAGAUGUCUUCGCGACUGCUGAACAUGAAGUUCAUGCAAAGAGCUGCCGCCUCUACGCCCAACGCAACGUCCACUCCAGCUUCGUCUACAGGUCGCACGCCCGCGACCGAACCGCUUGCGAAACGUCGGAAAAUUGACAGUAUGACUUCCUCCCCAGUGGUGGCCUCUACUCCUGGAACACCGUCAAUUGCACCGCAAGAUACAAGCCUGGGCAUCGCUCCGAGAGGAGGAACGAGUUCGUCCACCCGGUUCGAAGGCGCAGACACAGAGUGGGUGCUGGACCUGAAGAUGAAAUCUCCUGGAGACGGCGAAGUGACAUCACCAUCCCAUAAGAACGCACAUGCCAACAGGGGAGGGUCAAAAUCGCGCUUUGGUCUGUUAUAUAAUAGGCGGAGCGAAGAGGACGAAGAAGCAGAGGACGAAGAAGGAGAAGAAGAAGAGGAGGAGGAGGACAUUUGGAAUAACAACCGACCUAGUGGCCGACAGACCUUUGGCUCAUUCGACCGCAAGAAGCGGACGCUGAGGCCUAGUACUGGGCAGCAGGACCAACCCCGGUACACUGGAGACGACCAAGAUCUGAGCUCCGCCUCAGACUCGGAUUCAGGCUCGGAUCCAGACUCAGACUCAGAGGCAGACUUGUCCGUGCCCACUUCGUCUAACAGACCAACACCACGACGACGACAACAACAGCAACAACAAGGCAGACGCGCCAGCCCCACCAAGCCCGCCGCAGACAUAGACUCGGACGAAGAAAUGAACCGGGUUCGAAUGGCCAUCGAGCAGAAACACCGCAGUAUGGCGGGCAGCGGGCAUGUGACGCGGAAUGUUACUAUUGGUGGUGGUACUGGGAAAUCCCGCUCCGUGCGCCCCGAGGCGGGCGACAAGCGGAAAAGGGCAGAACAGCAGGAGAGCCAGCACGAGGGGAACAACGACAAGAGGAAAAAGAACAAGAACAAGAACAAGAAGGCGAGAAAGACGCUGUGA